GAAAACGUUGAGGAAACAGGCAACACGGACAGCCAAUAUCAACGUGACAAGUACAUUAGAAUCCCUAAAAACCAUGAAAAGCUCAUGAAUUAGGUUGACAAGGUCGUAAAUGUGGGCAAAAGUUAAUGAGGAAUUUUAGAAUUCACCAUCAUUUAGUUUAAAGUUCCAAAUCGUGUCAAGUCUUAAUCGGAUAGAAUGGAAGGCUUCUGUCAAAACGUGUGUUGUAAAAAAUAGGUAGGCAUCUGGUCCAACUAAUCUAAUUUGACGUUCUGUGGUUUCGAGUGUCAAUUGUCAGUACUGUCAGUGUAUUAUUUGUUUGUGGUUAUGUUCAACAAAAAAGGAUUUAAAAAGUGUUCCUAAGAUCCUAAGUUUAAUAAGUUCAUAUUUUUUUAAUGCAUGUAAGCUAUUUUCGCGCAGUCUGCCUGUUUAGAUAUGUAGUUCAUUGAGGAUAAGGAUUGUAGAUAUUUUAAAUUCUGGAAAAUUUCUUAUGAAAAUAUGAAAUGCUUACAUAUAAACAUACGACAAGCCGUAUUUAUUUUACUCACGUUUUUAACAAGAAUGAACAUGGAGGACAACCUGAUUACCCACUCAAAGAUUAGUAAUGUUGAAAAAGAGAAAAGUCCUACUGAUAACCAACAACCAAAAGAUUUGAAUUGUCCAUCGAAUGUCAACUGCAUAAACCUUCAUGAGCCUUGUAUUAGCUGCAAUGUAACCACAGCUUGUCGUUAUGGUUCGAGACUGAAUGCUACUUGCAGAGUUUAUGAACAGAUUAGUUGUAAGGGCCCCAAAGAAUUUACAAAAGAAUAUACUUGUCAGUACUGCUACCAAACUGAGCCUUGGGAGCACAAUUGUGAGCAAAUGGCAAAUUGUAAUUCGGUCAGUUCACCACGAGCGAUAUAUACUACAAACUGUACAGUUAAGGAUGAAAUAUUAUGCUUAGGUAACAGAAAAUUCAAGAAAAAUGUACAUUGCAACUGGACGGGUGGUUACCGUUGGUCCACAGCUCUAGCUCUAAGCAUAACACUAGGAGGCUUCGGAGCUGAUAGAUUUUAUUUAGGGCACUGGCAAGAGGGCAUUGGGAAACUGUUUAGCUUUGGGGGAAUGGGCGUAUGGACAAUCAUUGAUGUUAUUUUGAUAUCAUUGCAUUAUCUAGGUCCUGCUGAUGGAUCGCUGUAUAUUUAAGGGUGUAUUAUAGUGUAUAUAAAAAGGCUAGUGGUUUCAAUAAAUUAUAAUUAUGGUAAAAUUGUAUCACUGUAAACAGUUCGAAUCUUAUAAAAAGUACAUCAGGUAGAUUUUUGAGCAAUCAUGUACAUCACAAUGUUUCAUAGAUAAUAUACUGCUUCUUACAAAAAUACUUUAUGGUUAAUGAUGUAAUAAUCUCCAGGUAAUGGACAAUAUAC